AUGGGCCAUGCGCUGAAGCACGGCGAUGUGAGAAACAGGGAGUCCGAAGACUGUGAGCAGUACAUGAGCGGGUGGAACAUUCCAAGGAUUGAGCGGUGGAUCGAAGAGCUGGGUGAUUGCGACGGGCCGGUCGAGUGGCCGAUAAAGGAUCCAUGGUGA